UGUUGUACUUAAAAAACCGAGUAUAUAUAAUCGUCUCAUUAGCCUUUCAGAGCUACGAAGUUACGGUAGUGCCCCCAAAGCGCUACCCGAGGUUUUUUAUAUUUCUCCAGUAAAGAAAGGCUCACUAAUUAAGAAAAAUUUGCUCGCGACGAAGAUAUGGCGAUUACAUCCUCCCGUCCCAGUUUAGCAACCGUGUUGCUUUUUAUAAUUCUUUCGGCUGUAUUCAAAGAUUCUUCUGAAUUGAAACUGAGUAAUCAGGAUGCUCUUCAACUGAGAAAACCCGUAUCUUUGCCAUCACCACCGGCUCCAGAUUAUGAUCAGUGUGGUUUGACGGCACAUGAAUACAGAUUUGAUUGCUAUCCAGAAACAGCUUCUACUCAAGAGAGCUGUGAGGCAAGAGGCUGUUGCUGGCUAUCGACUGAAACCCAAGCAAACGCCAAAAACACAUCAGGAAGCUUGCAAAAUAUCGGAAUGCCGUACUGUUUCUAUCCACCAAACUAUAAUACUUAUAAGUUUGUAAAUGCCAGCGAAACAGCCUCUGGUUUGGUCGCUUACCUGCAAAGGUCUUACGAUAGCGGAUAUCCAAACGAUGUAGAAGUUAUUCAGCUGAUAGUUACAUACGAAACUGAAAAUAGGCUACGUGUAAAGAUUGUUGAUCCACAAAAUAGCAGAUAUGAACCAGCAUAUCCUGAACUACCCACAGUAGACACUGCUCCUGAAAACGUGAACUAUAUCUUUGACUACGACACAUCUGCUGCUGGAUUUAAAAUUUUGCGAAAAUCAGACAACACUGUACUAUUUGAUGCCAACAAUUUCGUAAACUUUAUUUAUGCCGAUCAGUUCUUGCAAAUUAGUAGUAAUCUUCCUUCGAAGUAUAUCUAUGGCAUAGGAGAGCACACUUCAACUUUGCUCUUGGAUGUUGAAUGGAACAGAUUUACACAGUGGAAUCACGAUAUAUCACCAGGUGAAGGUAGAAAUCUGUAUGGAACCCACUCAUUCUACCUUGGAAUGGAGAAUUCAGGCAACAGUCAUGGAGUAUUUUUAUUUAACAGCAAUGGACAAGAUAUCCUUCUUCAACCUGCACCCGCCAUCACUUUCCGCGCUAUCGGUGGUGUGCUAGAUUUCUACUUCUUGUUGGGUCCUACCCCCUCUGACGUCAUUGAGCAAUACAUCGAUCUGAUUGGCAAACCUUACAUGCCGCCAUACUGGGGUUUGGGUUUCCACUUGUGCAAGUACGGAAUCAAGACACUGAACGCAACUAGUGUAAUUAUGGAACAGAAUAUCGCCGCUGGUGUACCUUUGGACACACAAUGGAACGACUUGGACUACAUGGACACGAACAAAGAUUUCACCUACAGCAAGGAAAAUUUCAACGGUUUACCCGAGUUCGUGGAGGACCUUCAUAGCAGAGGCAUGCAUUACAUCCCACUGAUAGACCCCGGUGUGAGUGGUAGUGAAGAGUCUGGCACCUACCCUCCCUACGAUGAAGGAAUUAAAUCGGACAUUUUCGUAAAGAACAUUUCAGGAGAUCCAUUUUUCGGAAAGGUAUGGAACAGCGACUCUACCGUUUGGCCCGAUUUCACCGACCCCAACACCUUGGCUUACUGGACCCAGAUGUUAAAGGACUUCCACGACGAGGUGGCUUUUGACGGCGCCUGGAUCGACAUGAACGAGCCCUCCAACUUCCUGUCGGGAACGGCCAAUGGCUGCCCAUCCGAUUCCACGCUGGAGAAUCCACCCUAUGUGCCCGCAGUAGACGGAGGCGUAUUGUACUCCAGAACUUUGUGUAUGACUGCCACACAGAAGGCUGGAUUGCACUAUGACGUGCAUAAUUUGUACGGGUUCACUGAGGCGAUAAUGACCAGCGCUGCUUUGAUUGACAUUAGAGGUAAAAGACCUAUGGUCAUUUCGAGAUCCACCUUUGCUGGUCAUGGACACUACGCUGGACACUGGAGUGGAGAUGUAUAUUCCAGUUGGGACGCUUUGAAACAGAGUAUUCCUCAUGUCCUCAGCUUCAGUUUAUACGGUAUUCCUUUGAGAGCCAACGAAGGCCUCUGCAAUAGAUGGCAACAGUUGGGCGCCUUUUAUCCCUUCUCUAGAAACCACAAUAACGACAACGCCAUUCCUCAAGAUCCGGUGUCUAUGGGAGACUUGGUAGUUAAAUCGACCAUCAAAGCUCUGACAGUUCGUUACGAACUACUACCCUAUUUGUACAGUCUGUUCUACAGGGCGCACGUUUAUGGAGAGACAGUAGCUAGACCUUUGCUCGUGGAGUUCCCCAGUGACCAAAACACAUGGACAGUCGACACUGAAUUCUUGUGGGGCGGUGGACUUUUGAUAGUUCCUGUAUUAGAGAAUGAUGCCACUUCUGUAGUAGGAUACUUACCCGAAGGUAUCUGGUACGACUAUUACAACAAAAACUCUACUACUAGCAAAGGUGAAAAUGUGACUUUCGAUGCUCCUUUGGACACUAUCCCUGUCCUAGUUCGGGGCGGUUAUAUUCUUCCCCAACAGGGUGCUAAACAAACCACUACAGAGUCUAGAAAGACUAAAUUGAAGCUUCUGGUGGCUUCCAGUGCUGAUGGAGAAGCUUCGGGAGAAUUGUUUUGGGAUGACGGAGAUACUGUGGACACCAUCGAAGACAAACUCUACACUCUCGUACAGUUCAAUCUGCAAGAUGGAACUUUAAAAAGCGAAACUGUUCAAUGGGCUGGCGAAGCACCUCCUAACUUGGGAACAAUUACCGUUCUAGGUGUGCAGAACACUGUAUCGUCGGUAACAGUAAACGAUGCAUCGUCGACUUUUACAUAUGACGCAGAUAAUAAGUACUUGGUUAUUGACGAUCUUGAUAUAUCCUUGGAGCAAUCUUUGGUAGUAACAUGGAGUUAGGACAAGACAACCAGGCUUAUAAGUCCAUUACAAUUUAACUAUUAGUUUAAAAAUGUUACCUUUAUAUUUAUAUUUAGAGACUUGAGAUUUUUUUUACUUUUUUACCAAAGUUGGUGCAAGUUCGUUUUGUUAAUAUAAACUAAUUAAAUAUUUUUUUGAUUAUUUUCUGUGAUAAUUUUGCUCUGAAGUUUAAUAUUUUGUUAUUAAGUAAUAUUUUUUUAACUGACGUGAUUUUUUUUAAAUUAUUACUACUUAAAUACACAAAGUUUUAAAAAUGGGCACUAUGUGUGAAGUUUUCUUUAAAAGUUUUAAUAGUGAUACGUAUUUAUUUUUGUUAAAAAUAAUUAUUCUAAAAAUGUUUUCCUACUAAAAGUUAUAAAAAUUAAUAUAUUUCUAUGUAAUGCUUAUUUUAUUUUAAAAGCUAUGCUAUAAAAGAAUUAGGCAAUGCUCAUGAAGAUACAAAAAAUUGUAAUGGUUGCUGUGACACUCGUUUUAAAGACAAUAAUAAAGUAUUAUCAUUUGAAAA